UUGGGCAGCCCCUAAGGUCUCUGUGUUUCUUCAACAUUCAAUCAGGAGGGAACGAGUGAAGUGGAAAGAGUGAGGAAACAUAAUCUAUGGCUGAUGAUUGAGCUGGGUUUUGAUGACGCACACUGCCAGCACUAUGGGAGCUUCUCUGUUUAAUGCAGCUAAAGUUACCUUGAAGAGGACGAGCCGUUAAAGGAAUGGCAAUAUCUAAGAACGGCUUCACCAUCUGUGCCCUUCUCGUGACACUUGCUGUUUUUGAAACAUGGGACUUCAUUAAAUUUCCAUGUCUGGUUACGCCGGAACUUAACAAAGAAGAGCAACACCUACCUCACACUAGACAGAGAAGAACUGUUCUAACAGGCCAGUGGAAAUACACCAUUGAUGUCGUAGUCAAUGCCUCUGAUGCACAAACCUUUGAGCUGAUUCGCUCGUCCUUGAAUGCUACUGAUCUUCCCGUACGAAUCGAUAACCAAACGGAGAUCUCGGACAUUAGUAUCACAACCGUGUGUUCGUCAACUGACUCUGGCUUCCAGUGCAGAUGUGAGGAACAGUUUGCUUGGCCGUACAGCACCUGUGUCACAUACGGUGCCUGUGAACGCACAUGGAGCAGCAUUUGUAAAUGCAUCAAUGCUAUUCCGCCCGGCAACCAGUCCUGUCAGCCGAUAUCAGCGCUGCUAACUCAGGUCGAGUACGACGUGGAGGUGGAGCUGAACGUGACAGAUGUUGCGACAGUGGACUACCUCAGGAGCCUAUUGAACAACAACAGCUUCUCCUUCGCCCUGGGUCCCAUUGUGAAUGUCACAAACAUCGACAUCACCACAGUUUGUUACCUAAAUGGCAGCAACUUCCAGUGCAGAUGUGAGGACCAGUACGUCUGGUCGUCUAUGGACUGUGCUACAUACGGAGCCUGUGAUGAGAUCACUAAUGACACGUGCAGUUGUAUCAACAGUAUUCCAUCCAAUGGGCAGUACUGCCAGCCAAAGACAGCUCCUCCAGUUGUUUAUACAUACCUCAUUUCUGUUGAGUUGAACAUCUCAGAUGUUGGACUAAUAAAUCCACUGAGGACCACUCUGAGCAACAUCAGUUACCCCAUCAGCAUCAACCACAUGCAAAUCUCCGAUGUCAACAUUUCUACAGUUUGCUCUCCGAGCAGCAGUGGUUACCAGUGCAGAUGUGAGGAUCAGUAUCGUUGGUCAUGUGACCAGUGUUUCAUACUUUACAUUUUGUCCAGUUAUGACGACUACUCCAUCACCAACAAACGUUACAGGAUAGACCGACUGGGAAACAUCAGCUACCCAGUCAAAGGGCCAAAACAACACAAAAGUCUCUCUGGCAUGAACAUCUCUACAGUUUGCUCUCUGAGCAGCAGUGGUUACCAGUGCAGAUGUGAGGAUCAGUAUCGUUGGUCAUGUGACCAGUGUUUCAUGUAUGGAUCCUGUGACAACAUCACCUCCAACACAUGUGGAUGCAUCAAUGCCAUCCCUGCUGAUGGACAGCAAUGUCAGCCUGUUGACCAAUACAACUUUACAUUUUGUCCAGUUACGACGACCACUCCAUCACCAACAACUUCUCCAGUUCUCUAUGAAUAUGUUAUUACAAUUGAGCUGAACACCACAGACGUUACAGUGAUAGACCGACUGGGAAACAUCAGCUACCCAGUCAGUGUCAGCAACAACACAAAAGUCUCUGGCAUGAACAUCUCUACAGUUUGCUCUCUGAGCAGCAGUGGUUACCAGUGCAGAUGUGAGGAUCAGUAUCGUUGGUCAUGUGACCAGUGUUUCAUGUAUGGAUCCUGUGACAACAUCACCUCCAACACAUGUGGAUGCAUCAAUGCCAUCCCUGCUGAUGGACAGCAAUGUCAGCCACUGACAGAUGUCUUGAUUUGUCCAUCAACAACUCCUCCAGUUGUAACAACUACAACUGUUGCAACAACUAGGAAUACUACAGCAUUCUUAACACCAACCACCACAGCCAUAACAGAUUCAACACCUACAACACAUCUGAACACCACAACGUCUGCAACAACAACUGUAACAAAUUCAACAUCGGCUACAACACGUUUUAACACCACAACAGUAACAUCAACAGCAGUGGUAACAAAUUCCACACCUAUUGCUACAACAAAUCUGACCACUACAACAGCUGCAACACCAACUGUAACAACUUCUCCAGUUCUCUAUGAAUAUGUUAUUACAAUUGAGCUGAACACCACAGACGUUACAGUGAUAGACCGACUGGGAAACAUCAGCUACCCAGUCAGCGUCAGCAACAACACAAAAGUCUCUGGCAUGAACAUCUCUACAGUUUGCUCUCUGAGCAGCAGUGGUUACCAGUGCAGAUGUGAGGAUCAGUAUCGUUGGUCAUGUGACCAGUGUUUCAUGUAUGGAUCCUGUGACAACAUCACCUCCAACACAUGUGGAUGCAUCAAUGCCAUCCCUGCUGAUGGACAGCAAUGUCAGCCACUGACAGAUGUCUUGAUUUGUCCAUCAACAACUCCUCCAGUUGUAACAACUACAACUGUUGCAACAACUAGGAAUACUACAGCAUUCUUAACACCAACCACCACAGCCAUAACAGAUUCAACACCUACAACACAUCUGAACACCACAACGGCUGCAACAACAACUGUAACAAAUUCAACAUCGGCUACAACACGUUUUAACACCACAACAGUAACAUCAACAGCAGUGGUAACAAAUUCCACACCUAUUGCUACAACAAAUCUGACCACUACAACAGCUGCAACACCAACUGUAACAACUUCUCCAGUUCUCUAUGAAUAUGUUAUUACAAUUGAGCUGAACACCACAGACGUUACAGUGAUAGACCGACUGGGAAACAUCAGCUACCCAGUCAGCGUCAGCAACAACACAAAAGUCUCUGGCAUGAACAUCUCUACAGUUUGCUCUCUGAGCAGCAGUGGUUACCAGUGCAGAUGUGAGGAUCAGUAUCGUUGGUCAUGUGACCAGUGUUUCAUGUAUGGAUCCUGUGACAACAUCACCUCCAACACAUGUGGAUGCAUCAAUGCCAUCCCUGCUGAUGGACAGCAAUGUCAGCCUGUUGACCAAUACAACUUUACAUUUUGUCCAGUUACGACGACCACUCCAUCACCAACAACUUCUCCAGUUCUCUAUGAAUAUGUUAUUACAAUUGAGCUGAACACCACAGACGUUACAGUGAUAGACCGACUGGGAAACAUCAGCUACCCAGUCAGUGUCAGCAACAACACAAAAGUCUCUGGCAUGAACAUCUCUACAGUUUGCUCUCUGAGCAGCAGUGGUUACCAGUGCAGAUGUGAGGAUCAGUAUCGUUGGUCAUGUGACCAGUGUUUCAUGUAUGGAUCCUGUGACAACAUCACCUCCAACACAUGUGGAUGCAUCAAUGCCAUCCCUGCUGAUGGACAGCAAUGUCAGCCUGUUGACCAAUACAACUUUACAUUUUGUCCAGUUACGACGACCACUCCAUCACCAACAACUUCUCCAGUUCUCUAUGAAUAUGUUAUUACAAUUGAGCUGAACACCACAGACGUUACAGCGAUAGACCGACUGGGAAACAUCAGCUACCCAGUCAGCGUCAGCAACAACACAAAAGUCUCUGGCAUGAACAUCUCUACAGUUUGCUCUCUGAGCAGCAGUGGUUACCAGUGCAGAUGUGAGGAUCAGUAUCGUUGGUCAUGUGACCAGUGUUUCAUGUAUGGAUCCUGUGAUAACAUCACCUCCAACACAUGUGGAUGCAUCAAUGCCAUCCCUGCUGAUGGACAGCAAUGUCAGCCACUGACAGAUGUCUUGAUUUGUCCAUCAACAACUCCUCCAGUUGUAACAACUACAACUGUUGCAACAACUAGGAAUACUACAGCAUUCUUAACACCAACCACCACAGCCAUAACAGAUUCAACACCUACAACACAUCUGAACACCACAACGGCUGCAACAACAACUGUAACAAAUUCAACAUCGGCUACAACACGUUUUAACACCACAACAGUAACAUCAACAGCAGUGGUAACAAAUUCCACACCUAUUGCUACAACAAAUCUGACCACUACAACAACUGCAACACCAACUGUAACAAAUUUUAACACCACAACAGUAACACCAACAACAGUUGUAACAAAUUCUACACCUGUUGCUACAACAGUUAUGAACACUACAACAGCUGCAACACCUGUGCCAACUACUAAUGCAACCAGCCAAAGCACCACAAUUAGCUCAACAACAGCUACUACUAAUGUCCCCACCACGACCACUACUGCUGCCACUACCAUGACCCCCACCACAACUACGAAUGAUACCACGACCAUGGCUACCAACACGACCACGGCUACCAACACGACUACGAUUGCUAACACUACCACUACCCCCACCCCCACCACAACUACUACCAUGACCACUACCCCUACCACGACUGCUACCACUACCACUACCCCUACCACGACCGUCACUGCUACCACUACCACUACCCCCACCACGACCGCUGCUACGACUGCUACCACGACCACUACCCCCACCACGACCACUACUACGAUUGCUACCACGGCUACCACCACGACUACGAUUGCUACCACUACCACUACCCCUACCACUACCACCAGUGCACCAACGACGGCUAAUAACCAAACAGUUUUCAAAAUGGAAAUGUCAAUGAGAUUAGACAAGGAGUACACAUCAGAAUUUAAUAAUCCAUCAAGUACCGUGUACAAGAAUUUGAAAUCACAGAUCGAUAAAGUGAUAGAUAAGCAGUAUAAAGGAAUCCCAGGAUAUAUCAAAGGUUUUGUGACAGUGUUCAGCAAAGGAAGCAUUAUUACAAAAUUUGUUGUACAGAUGACACAAGUUGACUUUGAUAAAAUCUUGGUUGAGAAUCAAAAACUCCCUGAAGCAAUACCUCCUAUUGCUACUGUCAUUGGCUCAGUUUCUGCAUUUUACCAAAGUUCAACUUCGAUCAGCAUUCCAGAGCUCACUUACACUGGUGCCAGACUGUCCCUGAAGUGUGAGCCUCCAAAAAACUUUGGACUAAUUUCCAGUUCCAGAUGGACAUUUAAUGAACGGGAAAUUAAAGAUGGUGGAAGGUUUAACAUAACUACUGCCAACUCUAUGUCUAUGCUUGAAGUUAACAACGUCAUUCCUGCUGAUAGUGGACCUUACAGUUGUACUCUGAACAAAAAGGACCUGGAAUUCCAGCAAAAAGGAUUUGUAGCGGAAAGCAAAAUCAAACGAGCUCCUGUUGUGCGUCUAAAGAGUGAAGUUCAUGUAAAAUGCGUAACUGGACAGAUACAACCACUCGAGUGUUGUGUGCAGCUUCCCUACAAAAUCAAGUGGUUUCAAGGCAAAGACCCGUUGAGCUCAGUUCCUGUUACCAAUGAAGACGACUACUGCAUCAAGCAUGAUUACAAAUUAGAAAGCUGCAGCGGAUCAGAGGAAGAUCAAGUCAUUUUUACAUGCAGGGUAGAUAACCCAUCAAGUUAUGAAAUGACAUCGACAAUGACGAUCUUCAAAGAGAAUUUCAGAUGCAAUGACGCUCAGUAUGGGACCGGCCGAGUAGGAGACCGAUCAAGCAUUGGGUGUGAUAUAGGUCAAUUAGGGAAAAGGAUGGCGGAAUGUCAGGAAACGGGCGAGUGGAAACUGGUCGUAGACACCUGCAUUCUAAUAGAAAUCAAUGAUUUACUGAUUAAGUCACAGACUUUGGAUGAGGAGCGAGUGCAAAACUUUGUAGCGAAUCUAAGUAAAGCUGUCCAGAAAGAAAAACAGGACAUUGAAAAUUCAACUGCAACCAUAUCAGCUAUCGUUGACAUCCUAAACACUGUUGCAAAUGUUUCAACUACUGUCGAUGAAACCAUCAUGCAGAAUAUCCUAGAGACUGUUGAUGUCAUCAUAGGUGAAGAAUCCCGAGAGUCUUGGGUAAUUUUGAAUGCAAAUGAGACCCGCAAUUCCAGCUCGAAAUUAUUGGGUUUGUUGGAGAGUCUCUCCAGGGAUUUGGACGGAGUGUUUUCCAUUCGGACUCCACGGAUCCUGCUAAACAGAACCAAGUUUGAUGGCUCCUUCAUGGCAGACCUGAACUCCAGCAUCGUCCUAAACAUUCCAAAAAACAGCAUGAGGAAUGUCUUUAUUACCACCAUCCUCCUCUCAACCCUUAAUAUUGUUAUGCCGGCACGAAACUCCACCUUUGACGUCAGCGCCUUCAAUACCACCAGUAAUGAAACUGCCAGUGAUAAUGCCAUCAAUGCAGCCGUGUUGCUUGUCAAAAUAAAUGCCACGGUUCAGAAUGUCCUUCUGAGCUACGACAAGCUGAACAGCUCCUUGACAAUGAACCCGCAGUGCGUCUUCUGGAACUUCACACUCUUUGAUAAUAUUGGUGCUUGGGAUGAUGAGGGAUGUAAGUUUGUUUCCGACAUAAACAACAUGGUAACCUGCAGCUGUAACCACCUCACCUCCUUCUCAAUUCUGAUGGCAACGGACAUCCCUCCAUCUCUAAGAGAAGCCUUGGAUAUAAUCACUUAUGUUGGAGUUGGAAUAUCUCUGGCAAGCUUGGUUAUAUGUCUAAUUAUUGAAGGGUACGUUUGGAAAGCCAUUACCAGGAAUAGCACUGCCUUCAUGCGUCACGUUUCCAUCGUAAAUACCGCCCUGUCUCUGUUGAUCGCUGAUAUCUGUUUCAUCAUUGGUGCCUCUAUAGCAAACAAUCCCCUUGAGAACCCAGGGGGGGACUACGAACUUCCUCUUGGACCAUGUAGCACUGCAACAUUUUUUAUGCACUUUUUCUACCUUGCUCUAUUCUUUUGGAUGCUCGUGUCAGGCCUUUUGCUCUUUUACAGGACGGUCAUGGUCUUCUCGUACAUGUCCAAGUCAAUCAUGUUGGCCAUUGGUUUCUGUUUAGGAUACGGCUGUCCUCUGAUUAUAGCUGUUAUUACUGUUGCUGUCACAGCACCGGGGAAUGGAUACAUCAGGAAAUCCGAGGCUUGUUGGCUGAACUGGUUUGAGACAAAAGCCCUCCUGGCCAUGGUGAUACCGGCCUUGACCAUAGUUUUCAUCAAUAUUUUAAUUGUAAUUGUGGUCUUAUACAAAAUGCUGAAAAGAGGUGUGGGAGACGCUGCACAAUCAGAUGAAAAACACACGCUGGUGGUCAUAACAAGAUGUCUGGUCAUUUUGACUCCUUUAUUUGGAUUGACCUGGGCUUUGGGUGUGGGAACCAUGGUAUCAUCAACAAAUAAAGCAAUCCAUAUUGCCUUUGCAUUCUUCAAUUCACUACAGGGUUUCUUCAUCUUAUUGUUUGGGGUACUACUCGAUUCAAAGACUCGUUCUCUCCUCGGAAGGAGAUCACCUCGAACAAGCACUGGCUCUAAUUCUACGAGGAGUACAGGUGCUGGCAUUUCCUCCUUGAGUGGAAAUAAUUUUAUAGGCAGACUACUUGGAAGAAGAUAUGUCUACCAUGUUUCACAAGCUUCAAACCCAAACAGCAGUGGUGCAACGGAGUCAUUUAGUAAUAUAUGAAUCAAUGCAACAAGCUGUAUAGGUAACAUUUGUUUGAUGACUCAAAAUAUCUAUAAAAUAUCAGGAAUUUUCUGUAAAGUCAGAAACAGAAGUUAUGAAAUCAGGAACAAAAUAGUGAGGUUUUAAAAGAUUAAAAAUGUUUGAAGGAAUGUUCAGUGUGAUGUGUAUAUAUAUAUAUAUUGUGAAUAAAACUGUGAAAUAGUAAUUGUUACAACUUACUGUGAGUUGUAGCUGUUGAAUUAUUCAGACUAGUCUUGCUGUGUUUAUUACUUAAAAUAAAUAAAAUACAGAGUUUUUAUAUAUAAAUAUAUACAUAUUAUUAACAAUCAAAUAGCAACUGAAUUAAAGAUCCAGUGUGAGAUCCAUCAAACUGAACCUUAGCUGUCGUGACCAAUGUCUACACAGUUCAAUUAAAGAAUCCCUCUACCUGAUGUAAGUAGUUCACCAGUGUUUCACAAAGCAUUUGCACCUUAUUUUAAAAUAUAAUAUAUGUUUAAAACUGAAAUGUAUAACACACUGUAGUGUUUUUAGUGUAGCCAAAAAUACAUCGAGACAAAUCAUUAGCGCUAAUGCUGGUAAUGUUCAAACGGAAGGAUCUGGAUGUUGUGACAGAUGACAUCACAAGCACAACUCUGGAGGCUCUGCCGUCUUUGUUGUAGUAAAAACUAUUUCAAAGACCUGCCUCUUACACAGAGGGCCCUGAUGUACAUAAGCAGUGUAUAGCUGUGUUUAUUUUUGUUGUUAAAUGUGUGUUCAAUGUUUUUAUUGAAUUUAUAAUGUACAGUAGAUUGUCACUUUUUUUAUACUACUUUUUAUACUGUUUACUAAAUUAUUUGUCUAUCACAAUUGUAAAACAUCCAGGGCUGAUCUGGUGUUCCAUAGUUAAGAUAAGAACAUAUUUACAUCCCAAUAUAUAAAUGAUAACUCCCCUUCUGCAGGCUGGACAGUUAACACUACACAAUAAACAAAUACUGUAAAUCUCAAA